AUGUCCGGCGCCCCGGGUUCCGGCAAGAGCACCCUCGCCCGGCUCCUCCGCCCCCUCGUCGGCGGCGCCGUCGUCGACCACGACAUCCUGCGGUCCGCCUUCCUCACAGCGGGCCUCGACUUCCAGGCCGCCGCGCGGAGCGCGUACCGGCUGCAGUGGGCGCUCGCCGAGGACCUCGUCGCGCGGCAGGGGCUGAGCGUCAUCGUGGACAGCACGUGCAACUACCCGGAGACGCUGGCGGAGGGCGGCGCGCUGGCGGAGAGGCACGGCUGCGACUACUGGUACGUCGAGUGCCGCGUGCGCGACGUGGACCUGCUGGACGGGCGGCUGCGCGCGCGCCCGGCGCCGAUGCCAAGCCAACGCGGCGGCGUCGAUGACUAUCCGGCCGGGGCUGUGGAGGGCGGCGUGGCAGAUGAGGAUCCCAAGGAGCGGUUUGUGACGCAGAUGGGGAAUCCGUGCCGGCCGGCGACGGAGGAGAAUGUAAUCAUCGUGGAUGGCACGGAGAGGCCGGAGAAGCUGCGUGAGGAUAUCCUGAAACGGAUCCUUGGGUAG